AUGGGGUGCGUAAGCUCCAAGGCCACUCUUAAAGACGUCGACGAGCUCUCUACUGGGACGCCUGAUAAUCAUGAUGCUGACGUGGCGUCUGAUAAGCGGAAAGGGCAGGGCCGGCGGAAGCAGGAGAAGGUUCAGCAACAACUGGCACAGCAGCAACAACCGCCUGGCUCCGAUAUUCAGGGAAAAUUACCCGCGAGCUCUGAACCCAGUCAGUCGCUUAGCGCGAGUACCACCGGUGUACCAGCAUCAAAGCCAGAGGCUGGUGCAGAAAGACAAGAAGCAGAGUCUUUAGCUAAGAGAGAUUCUCAAGCCGAAGCAGUGAACAAUAUCCCCGCUGCCGUUCUGCCUCAGACGAAUCAUACGCAGCAGACCACCAGUGCAGCUGAUGCUGACGCCAGCGCCACUGCAGGCGCAGCCAAAGAGAAGCUGCCACGUCAACCUCUUCCGCCUGUCAUCCAACCCCCCCCGCCCCAAUCCGGCGCAAUGGUGCUCGAGGUUCCAGGAGCCGGCUUCUGGCUGCGCUUCUCCUACUUGACGCAGCGAGGGUAUUAUCCCGAAGCCCCGGGAAAGGCGAAUCAGGACAGCUUCUGUGUGGUUCCCCAAUACGGAGGGCUCCCGUCGGACCACCUCUUUGGCGUGUUCGACGGGCACGGGGAGCAAGGCACGCCGUGCUCGCAGUUUUCCCGGGACGUGCUUGCGCGGAACCUUCUGAACCACCCUGCGUUGGAUGCGGACGUUCCUCGGGCGUUCAGGGAUGCGUUUGUGACGACGAAUGUUGAGCUGCACCGGUCGCACGUCGACGACACGAUGAGCGGUAGCACGGGCAUCGCCGUGCUGCUGCGCGAUCGCAUGCUGUACGCCGCUAACGUGGGGGACUCGCGCGCGGUGCUGGCGGAAUGGCACAUGGACGAGGCCGCGGGUAGGGGGGAUGGGGAGGGCGCCGAGGGAGCGGGCGGAGGGGAAGGGCGGAUCGGGGGAGAGGGCGGAGCAGCAGAAGGAACGAGAAAAGCUGGUGAGGAUGGGGCUGUGGUUGCAGACGGGCAAGAAGGAGCAGGAGGAGGAGGAACAGGGGGAGGAGGAGGGGCAGGAGCAGCAGACGGGGCAGGGGGGGAAGCGGGGAAAGGAAAGGAGAAGAAGCAGGGGUACUCAGCAGGGGGCGCUACGCUGCGUGCAGUAGACCUCUCGAGCGACCAAACCCCCUUCAGAGCGGACGAGUGCGCGCGCGUGCGCGCAUGUGGCGCGCGCGUGCUAACCCUAGACCAGCUGGAAGGGCUCAAGGAUCCGGACGUACAGUGCUGGGGGGGGGAGGACGACGACGACGGGGAUCCGCCGCGGUUGUGGGUGGCGAAUGGCAUGUAUCCGGGGACGGCUUUCACGCGGAGUCUGGGGGACUCGGUGGCGGAGCGGAUUGGCGUGUGCGCGGAGCCUGAGGUGCUGACUGUGGCGCUGUCGGAGCGGCACCCGUUCUUUGUGAUUGCGAGCGAUGGCGUGUUUGAGUUCCUGAGCAGUCAAGACGUGGUUAACAUGGUGGCUCGGCACAACGAUCCGUUUGCGGCGUGUGAGGAGAUCGUGGCGGAGUCGUACCGGCUGUGGCUGCAGUAUGAGACGAGGACGGACGACAUCACCAUCAUCAUCGUUCACAUCGACACCGAGAUGCCCGACAGCACACUGGAGGCAGUGCAGCAGGGGGCAGCCCGCACCACGUCCACAGGCGUGCCGCUUCCACCGCCGACGCCACCACUGGUGCUGCCCACCUCAACCGCUUUACGCUCCAUGCUGGCGGAUCUGGGCGCCUUCCAGCGCCGCAUCAUUGAGGGCACUGACUUUGACCGCCCCCCCGCUGAAGACAACUGGUCCCCGCCCGCUGAUGUCGCUGCCACCGCUGCGCUUGUGGAGCACCAGCUGGAGCAUGCGUUGCGAGGGAACUUCCUGUUCCACAGCCUGUCGCACGAGCAGCAGGACUUCAUGCUGCAGUGCUUCCAGAAGAUGGACGUGGGGCCGGGGGACGUUGUUAUCCAACAGGGCGAUGUGGGCGACAAGUUCUUCAUCUGCCACCACGGGGACUUCGAUGUGCUCGUGGCCACGGAGCAGAUGGAGGAUGACCCUCUAGGAGUGGUGGUUCAUCGCUACAUUGCCAACGACAAACACAUGCCCAGCUUUGGGGAUCUUGCACUUAUGUACGGGACGAGGAGGGAAGCGUCGGUGCGGGCGGCGUCGCGCGGAGUGUUGUGGUUCCUGCAGCGGGCGCUGUUCCAGAAGGUGCAGACGCUGGGGCUCGUGGCAGGGUCCGCGGAGAUGGGCCCUCCGCCCCGCCUGCUGCGCCUCCUGCGCUCCCUGCCCUUCCUCUCCCCCCUCUCCUUCGGUCAGCUUCAGCGCCUUGCGCUCUUCUUGCUGACGCUUGAGCUGAACGAUGGGGAUGGGUUGGAGAUGGAAGGGGGCACGGUGUAUGUGGUGCAGGAGGGGCGGUUGUUGGUGAAGGGUGGUGCGGAUGGGGAAAAGGAGGAGGAUGGGGAGGGCGAGGGGGGGAAGAGUGAAGGUGAUGCGGGGACGGAUUUGCAGUAUUUCAAUGAGGCGUGUUUGUUGGAUGGGGACGAUGGGGAUAAGAGGCCUGCGAAUCCAGACACACAGGCAGCUGCAGGUGUGGAAGGCGGGGAAGUAGAGGAGAACGAGCAGCAAGGGAAGAAGCAGGAAGACGGAAGGCAGGAGGGGGAAGCGAAGAGGAAAGGGUGGACGGAGGGGCCAAGGAAGGCGGUGGCGAGGGGGCAGGUGCAGUGCUGGGCGAUCGACAGAGACAAGUUUGAGGCGGCUGUGGGGCCGCUGAGCGAUGCGGUGGGGGUGGAUGCAGAGUGGUGCCGGUUCCAGGAGGCACUGGCGGCAAAGAGGCAGGGGGACGAGAUGCGGCAGAUCUUGGAGGGGAUCGUGGCGGCUGAAGUGGAGUGGCAGGACGUGCUAGCGAGCAACGAGUGGAGUGAGGUCGUGCAGCUGCGAGUGCAGAACGUGGGGAGGGUUUUCGCCAUGCGGCGGUUCGGCAAGACGCGCGUGGGGCUGCACAGCCGUAGCAAGCAGGUCCACCGGGAACGCAAUCUCUUCGAAACCCUCUCAGCCAAUCCGUUUGUGCCACCUGUCAUCACGCCGUACACCGACCAUGCCUCCGUGGGCCUGCUGCUGGACUGCCAGCUCAGCACGCCGCUGGCGCUGGUCAUGGGCGGCAGGGAGGGAGCGGGGGGGCAGGCAGGGCCCGACGUUUUCCCUCCACUGCCGGAGGAUGCCGCCCGGUUUGUGGCGGCAAGUCUUGUCGUGGCAAUGGAGCUGAUGCACCGGGACGGAGUGGUGUUUCGAGGCGUGUCCCCCUCCACCCUCUUCCUCGACUCUCGAGGCCAACUGCAGCUCCCCGAUCUGCGUUUCGCCAAGCGUCUGGAGGACGGGCGCACGUUCACCAUGUGUGGGUCGCCAGACUUCGUAGCGCCGGAAGUCAUUGCGGGGCGCGGCCAUGGCGUGCCCGCUGACUGGAUUAGAAGGGAGGAGAGGAAAGUCAUAGCGGGGCGCGGCCAUGGCGUGCCCGCUGACUGUGUACACACGCAUCGCCCGCCACGCACUCUUCCUCCCCGACCACCUCCCCCCCGACCUCUUCCUUCUCGACCUCUUCCUUCCCGACCACCCCCCACCCCCUCCGACAGGUGGUCCCUGGGGGUGCUCAUAUUCGCUCUGCUGCACGGCGAAGGUCCAUUCGGCUCGUGGAGGGACAGCGAGCUGACAGUGUACACACGCAUCGCCCGCCACGCGCUUUUCCUCCCCGACCACCUCCCCCCCGCCGCCUCCGCUCUCAUCCACCAGCUGCUCUCCCCACGCCCCGAAGACCGGCUCGGGUGCGGCCCUGGCGGGGCUGGGGCUAUCAAGGCCCACCCUUGGUUUGCUGGCGUGCCGUGGGAACAGGUGGCGGUGCUGGAUUGGCCGGCGCCGGAGGAGCUGGUGAGGAGGGUGGGGGAGGUGCAGGGGGAGAGGGGGAGGAUGGUGGAGGAGGAGAAGAAGCAAGGGGUUGCGGGAGAGGAGGAGAGUGCGGUGGGGCAAGGUAGAGAGGGGUCGGAAGAGUCGCUUUGGUUUGAAGGUUGGUGA